AACAUAAAAUUUCCCUCCCCUCCAUACGCCAACCUUUCUCUCCUUGCCCUCUCAGGUACGAGUAGGAAAGCUACCUUUUUGAUAAGGGAGUUUCUUAUAAAAAUAAAAUUUUUUGUGCAUUCUUAUCUGAGAAGUACCUGUUUAUGGGUCUGGGUACCCAUCCGGCCCGCUCGACCUACCCAAUUUAAAUACUGGCCUUUUACAAUCUUUUUCGAGCCCAAACCCAAUUUGGACUAGACCUACGAGUCCAAAACCAGCCAAGAAAUAUUAAUUUCCUUUUGUUCAGGUCAGGGCGAUUUGCCUCUAAGAAACAGCUAAGAAACUUUGUUGAGAUCCCCUGGCUGUUACCAGACAGAAUCCAAACCAAUCGAUCUCUCCGCCAUCAAGCAACCAUUGGGCGGCACAGUCAAGCGAGAGCUUUACCCAUAGUUUAUAUCAUCUAUUGUGUGCUUUACAAAUUUACGGUAGCUUGUCUUACCACGAAUAAUUUCUUCAGUUUCAGUUCCAAAUCAAGCAAUCGACAACCAUGUGCUACGAGGUGAAAUGCUCGAGUUGCGGCAAAACGACCUGGUGUGGUUGCGGUAGGCAUGUGCGCUCUGUUUAUAAGCGCAUCCCGCAAGGCCAACACUGUCUUUGCAAUGGAUGGCCUGGCGUUGAUCCUAAUAAUCCCAACGACGAUGCUGCUCAAAAGUCUUCCUCCUGUACUAUUCUUUGAUUUCGUCACUGUUCUUCAUGUAUGUAUCUAUCAAAUAAACAAAGAUGAUAGUCCAUUGAUUGCUGUUUGUAAUUUGUUUUGAUGAAGAUUUUUUCUGCAAUUUCAAGGAAAAUUCCCCUUUGCUUCCAUUUUAGGAGAAUUUUAUGAAAAUAGUAAAAAGCAAUUCCUAUGAAUCGAUACGGCACCGACAGAACAAUUGGUUUAAGAUUAGCAGCGAGUUGCGACGACGCUACUUCUAACCUAAGCGAGUAAAUGACAGAUCAGUUUUUUUUAAGUAGCGACACGUCGCAUAUCAGAAUUUCAUUGAUUUGAGCAAUGCGCGCUAAUUAACUCAUAUUAUCCAAAAUAUAAGAGCCUAUAGGAAAUAAUCUGGCCCGUCGUCACCGUAUCAUUUUCACUUCUUCGACUCUAUAUACAAAGCCAGCUACCGUCAAACUCGAGCGAGAAUCCGAAAAGCAUAGAUCUGUUGUUCGAUCUUUUAAAUUUAAGAGCUUUUCAUACAUGGCGAAACUCUCAUCGAUAACUCAUCACAAUCAUCUCUGCCUCAUCAGAAGUCCUCUUCUUCAUUUCUCUUCAUCACUAAAGCGUUAUGAUCAGCUCCGUUUCUCCCCGCCCUGUCCAGGCAUGAUCACUCGUAUAACAACUUUUGCUACAACGCUAAAAGUGACUCCAUCAGACACUCAAAGCAAAACAUCUGAAUUGGGCAAUGAUGUUAGUUCACUUAGCUGGGACAACCUUGGAUUCGAUCAUGUGCCCACUGACUAUAUGUUUGUAAUGAAAUGUUGCGGAGGCGACAAGUUUUCAGAUGGUGAGUUAAAGACUUUUGGGGAGAUUGAAUUGAAUCCAUUCUCUUCUGUCUUGAACUAUGGACAGGGAAUAAUUGAAAAUAUGAAAGCAUACAAGAAAGAUGACGGAUCUAUAUUAUUAUUCCGUCCUGAGGCAAAUGCAUUGCGAAUGACAAUGGGAGCAGACAGGAUGUGCAUGCCUGCACCAACUUUUGAUCAGUUUUUGGAAGCGGUUAAAGUUACUGUUUCAGCUAAUAGACGAUGGAUCCCCCCUCCAAAUAAAGGCUUCUUACACAUUCGACCCCUACUUAUAGGCAGUGGACCUGUUCUUAUUCUUACACCCUCUCCUGAGUUCACCUUUUUGAUUUAUGUUACUCCAGUAAGGAAUUAUUUUGAGAGUGGUGUAGAACCAAUUAACCUGGUGGUUGAAAAGGAAGCCCAUCGUGCAGUUCCUGGUGGAGUUGGAAGCAUAAAAGCUAUAGGAAACUAUGCUAUGAUUGUGAAGGCACAAGCUGCAGCUAAAGCAAAUGGUUUUCAUGGUGUUCUGUAUCUUGAUGCUGUUCACAACAAAUAUUUGGAAGAAGUUUCUGCUGCUAACAUUUUUGUUGUGAAGGAUAAAACAAUUUGUACUCCAGCACUGAGGGGGACAAUUUUGCCAGGCAUUACAAGGGAAAGUGUUAUUGAUAUUGCUCGCAACCUAAGGUUCCAGGUCGAGGAGGGACGCGUCUCAGUUGAGGAAUUGUUUAAUGCUGAUGAAGUUUUUUGCACGGGAACUGCAGUUGGUUUAUUGCCCGUCGGCAGCAUAACUUACCAGGGUAAAAGGUUGUCCUACAAGAAUGGUGGACUUGGUACCGUAUCCCAGAAGCUCUCUUCUGAACUUACUAAUAUGCAGAUGGGCCUCACAGAUGAUAAAAUGGGUUGGAAUAUGGUUUUGAAAUAGGAAGAGAGGUCACUAGUGGCCGGCUCCAGGACUCGAUCCCACGAUUGUCUAAUAAGUUUCAACCACGGGAUCAAGCUAUUAUUAGUGUUCUCUCUUUCUAAUACUGCAUCCACUUGCAAGAUGGAGACGCGAUUCAGACAUGAGUGUGAAAUGGUCCGAAAGGCCUACAACACGGCCUUUGUCAAAUCAAUUUCCAAACCUUAAAAGAGAUUGAUAAACCAAUCGGGCCUGGCCGAAUUUCCCAAAGUCUUUGGACGACAGAAACCUAAUUUGCCAUUAUAAUUAAUUAUAGUGAAGCGUCAUGUAAUCGAUGUCCCUUUUGGAGAGUGAAAAUCGUUUUCUCCAAUUCUAAGAUUCCAAUUCCAAAUAUAGAUUUCUGGUCAGAACACCAAAUAUGGGCUGCCAGAAUUCCUUACGCAUCUUAGUAGUAAUUCCUGCAAGUUGAGGUUGCAA